GACGUUGGAUUGGCUGUUGGAGGGGAAUUGGUUGGACGAAUUGCUUCGUGUCGUGCGUCUUGCCUUCCAGUCGGAUUUCUGUAUUCAUCACUUAGAUAAAAGAUGCCACUGAAUUGCAUGGGGGAGAAAUGAGGGUUAAAAGGGACUGUCGGUGCAGAGAAUCCCGACGGCAGGGACCCCGCGAUUGCCAACCGACGUCGUGUUUGUUUCUCGCUCUUCUCCCAUCUUGGCUCGCACUCUUUUCCCUCCCUCUCUCUCUUCUGGUCUUUUUCUCUCCUUGACUUAUUCCUACUUAUUUAAUCGCAUAAUUAUUCUCUUCAUCAUGGAAUACGAACCCCAGACUCCGCAGUAUCUCACCUCCGACAAGUCCAGCUUCGCCUCCGUCUCAGCCCAUGAACGCUGGCCCGUCAUCCUGACUGGCGCGAUUGAUGAUCUGCACCGCAGCGUCGCCGAUGUAACCGACGAGGAGAAGCGUCAGGAAGGAAAAGCCAUCAUUGGGAACCUCGCAGCAUUCAAAUAUGAGCUGCAGCACAACAGGCAGUUGACCCCCCUCCCCGACGAUGGCCAGCCCGACAUUGCGGCGUACAACCAGGAGCUGGAGCAGCGGGGAAACCCUUCAUGGCACGACGUCGCAUGGCUCUACUCAGAAUGCUACCUCUACAGACGUCUGAGCACUUUCUUCUCCCUCUCCAAGCACUGGAAGGGCUAUGACGUGUUCGCCCGCCAGAAGAUGUCCACCUUCAAGUCCUCCCGGCCCGCCGUUCUCGAACUCGCCGCACGAUACAAGGAACUGGCCGAGGAGGCCAGCAAGGGCACAGACGGCAAGACCCCCGAGCAGAUCGAGCAAGCCGACCGCAUCCUCUUCUCCGAGAUGUGCGAGAUCUGCCUCUGGGGCAACGCCACCGACCUCUCCCUCCUCACCUCCCUCACCUACGAAGACAUCCAGAAGCUCCAGGGCUCCGAAGCCCGCAAGGCUUCGGAGAAGAACAUCCUCGUCAACGACCUCAACGCCUCCUUCGACGUCCUGCACCAGGCCCGUCGCGACCGCAAGAACCAGGACCGCCGCGUCGACAUCGUCCUCGACAACUCCGGCUUCGAGCUCUUCGUCGACCUCAUCCUCGCCGGCUACCUCCUCUCCGCCGGCCUCGCAACCACCGUCGUCCUCCACCCCAAGAACAUCCCCUGGUUCGUCUCCGACGUCACUCCCCCGGACUUCGCCGCCCUCAUCGCCGCCCUCUCCGACCCCCAGGCCUUCUACACUGCCCCCGACGAGUCCGGCAAGACCUUCGACCCCCUCUCGGAGAAGGAAGUCUCCGAAGUCAAAUUCCUCUUCGACCACUGGAGCCACCUCCACGCCGAAGGAAAACUGAUCAUCCGUCCACACUCCUUCUGGACCACCCCCGGAAGUUACUGGCGCAUGCCAUAUGUAGCCCCGGAUCUCUUCAAUGACCUGAAAGAGAGCGAAUUGGUCUUGUUCAAGGGUGACUUGAACUACCGCAAGUUGACCAACGAUGCCGCAUGGGCCCCCACAACCCCCUUCACAGAAGCCAUCGGCCCACUGGGCCCGCAAUCCGGCGUCCGCGUAAUGGCCUUCCGCACCUGCAAGGCCGACGUGGUGGUUGGUCUGCCCGAGGGUGUGGAUGAGAAACUCCGCCAGCUGCCCAAUGGUGGGGGCGACGAGGCGAGGAAGUGGGCGUGGAGUGGGAAGUGGGCUGUUGUGUCGUUUUGUGAUGGGAAGGCUUAGAUGAUCACCAUUUAGAUAUAUUUAGAUGAUAAAUGAUUGAUUUGAUAGAUCUGAAUGGGAUGGAUGGAUUGAUAGAUGGGGUUCAGUUGGAUGUGUAUACAUUUUUUGGAUGGUUGAGGUGUCAUGUGGUUGGGUUUUUAUUACCUAUCCUUGAAAGAGUAGACUUGAUUGAGUAAUUGAAUGUAUGGAAGGUGUAGGUAGAGAUGUGGAGGAGAAUAAAAACUAAGAUUACGUACGAUCAACGAUCAAUGGACUAGAGCUAGGGCUAGAGCUAAGUAGUGAGUGAGUGAGUGACAGUGACAUUCACAUCAACAGAGGAAGAGGG